GCGACAGGAAGAAAAAAACACGGCGACCAGAGCAAAACUGCACUUGGCCUCACAGAUAUUUAAAAAUACUGGUUGCAAAGAACAGUCCCUCAAUUCCAGGACAGACAGUUAUAAAUUGACAGGCAGCUGGUCAUGGCAUCCAGGGCAGUUAAGAGGCGAAAGAUCACGCCGCCUCCAGCAGACGGUGAGGCUGAUGGUUCCAAGAAGGCGAGCAGCACCGCCUUCUUCAACAAGCACGCCGCCAGCUGGAAUCUGGAGCAAGAUUACGAAUCCAGGCCGCGCAAAGGAAAAAAGAAGGACAAGGAGAGCACCCGCCUGCCCAUCAAGACAGCAGAUGGUCUCAUUCAACAUAGCCAGGUGCCGGCCGCCGAUGCGGCGAGCGACGAGGAAUGGCUUGACAAUGGCAGUGAGGCUGGCGCCCAGUCUGAGGAUGCUCCUGCUGAGGCUGUCGCCGCCAAAGUCCCGGCGAAACCGCAGGUGCCGGAACGUGAGCAAAUAUUAUGGGCCAAGGAGGAGCUGGCCAAACUUGCUUCCGCUCUGAGCGAAGAACCUGAGGAGAACCCAGGGGCUUUCAAGGCUCUAGCACAGCUCGGACAGACCAACAUUGUUGCCAUCAAGAAACUUUGUUUGGUCACGCAAAUGACUAUUUACAAGGAUGUUAUUCCAGGCUACCGCAUCCGACCGGCGGAGCAGGACAUGGAGAAGGAGAAGCUUUCCAAGGAAGUCCGAAGGGUUAGGAUGUAUGAGCAAUCGCUUGUCUCUGGGUACCACUCCUACAUCAAAGAACUCGCAGCCCUUGCCAAGGCAAAAGACCCGGGGACUGCAAAGUACGCCAGCAUCGCCAUAACAUGUGCGUGUUCGCUACUCACAUCGGUCCCACACUUCAACUUUCGCACCGACCUUAUCAAGAUUUUGGUCACUAAGCUGAGCACCAGAAAGGUGGAUGACUCGUACAACAAAUGUCUACGAGCUCUUGAGAGACUAUUCCGGGAUGAUGAAGAGGGAAGACCGGCCAUGGAGGCGGUUGCUCUCCUCUCCAAGAUGAUGAAGGCGCGAAACUACCGCAUCGAUGAGUCCGCACUCAACUUAUUCCUUCACCUACGUCUUCUGUCUGAAUUCUCUGGCAAGGCAUCCCAGGACCAUGUCGACCGACCAGUCGAGGAGGGCAAGAAACCAAAGGCCAAGAGGGAAUUCCGCACAAAACGGGAACGGAAGCUCUUGAAGGAACAAAAGGCGGUUGAAAAGGAUAUGGCGCAUGCCGAUGCAUUGGUGAGCCAUGAGGAACGGGAUCGGAUGCAGUCGGAGACUCUGAAACUAGUGUUUGCCACUUACUUCCGAAUCUUAAAGCUCAGACUGCCGCAUCUGAUGGGAGCUGUACUCGAAGGGCUAGCCAAGUAUGCACACCUGAUCAACCAAGAUUUCUUCGGAGACCUUUUGGAGGCGCUCAAGGACCUUAUUCAGCAGACAGAUGAAGAUGCAAGCUGGGAUACCGCUGAGGGCGACACGGCCACAGAAGACGGCGCCGAUGAGGUGGAGGCCCGCAACACUAGCCGCGAGUCCCUUCUCUGUAUAGUCACUGCUUUCGCACUGCUAGCGGGACAGGACGCACACAACAGUCGAUCUCAGCUCCACCUGGACCUUUCCUACUUCACGACGCGUCUAUUCAAGGGCCUGACCGAUCUCUCGGUGAACCCAGACCUGGAGCUGGGCGCCGGGUCUCUGCACCUUCCCGAUCCCGACAGACCCAGCGUGACCAAGUCAAACAAAGUGAACCUACAGACCACGACGGUGCUGCUGAUCAGGUGCCUGACGGGCGUCCUGCUACCGCCGUGGAACAUACGCUCUGUGCCUCCCUUGCGCCUCGCAGCAUUCACAAAGCAGCUCAUGACCGCAUCGCUACAGGUGCCAGAGAAGUCUUGCCAGGCCAUACUGGCCCUGCUUCACGACGUCUCGCACACUCACGGGAAGAAGAUUGCGGCGCUGUGGAGCACCGAGGAGCGCAAGGGUGACGGAAACUUCAACCCCCUCAGCGAGACCGUCGAAGGGAGCAAUCCCUUUGCUACCACCGUUUGGGAAGGGGAGCUUUUGAGGAGACAUUACUGUCCCAAGGUGCGCGAGGGUGCAAAACUGUUGGAGAAGAGUCUGGCUAUGUAGAUGGAGAAGGGAAUAGAAGAAAAAAAGUGGAUAUUUGCAGAGUCUAGUCAAAUUCCCUCGAGUGACGUGACAUUUGAUAGAAAACUUGACGGACGAAAGCUUAUGUUCACAGCCCCCUGACACCCCUGGAUCAUCUCGUCUCCCUGGGUCUUGCGUCCCUGGACUUAAGUACAACAGGGAAUUUACCAUUAUUUGCCCACCUAUAAAGUCCAGUUGCUUGUGUGGAAGCCCCGUGGCAAGUGGCGAAGACUGAUGUAAGUCGCACACUCAAUCCAAAAUCAUGCUUUGGGUACCAUCUGAUGAAGUGGUAAGGAUAAGCUGGGGAGAAAUCUUCUUCCACCCACAUAGUGUUCUUUGGAAUCAUCGGACAGUCAGAUUUUGGAAUGUUUCUAACAUAGACUGUUGGGAUUUCCUAAAGACAAUUCACGCUCCCGUAAAGGUAUUAACAUGUCCCGAAUAAACCACACAACAUCUUCGCUUUCCCACCAGGCAAUGAUAGAAGAUAUGACAGCUGCAAAACAGGUGAGUUGAGUAAUGUAGAAAAAAACAAGAUACCCCUUGCGACUUGCAUCCCUCAUCCAACUCCGAAGACAACAUUAAUGACAGGUAGAAG